AUGUGUACAUACGUCUGCAAAUUAUGGACGACAGCAGCAUAGACGCGUCAAGAAAACUCGUUCUAAUUCACUGCCUUCUAGGAGCACAUUGACUCUAUUAUGUCAUUUACCGUUGACUGGAGGUGGUCCUUUUAAUGUUAUAGACCAAAUUGCAGUCGCUCUGUGGUUGGAAAAGGAGACAUACAACUCUGAAUUUUUGAGAUGUGCCAUCCUUGGACAUGUUGGAGAAGGCCUGCUACCACAACUCGCCCUUUUCACAGCGUACGAAGAAAAAUGUUCAACACGUGUUUCGAGGUAGGGGGCGAUACCCCGCCGUCCUGCCUGCAACCUGCGCACUAGAAGUGUGCAACUGUGUGGUACAUUAUGAGCUCAUGAACAUUUAAAGCGGGUUUUUGGUCAACUUUACCUACCGUUUUGAAAACUUGGUUUGCCCCAAGUGUGUCUACAGACUCUAGUACCAAGGUACUUCUUUCUACGCCCGGAUGGUACUGAAAACCAGCGCCGAUGGAGUGAUGAAGUUUCAAGAUUCGAGCUGAUUGACUCGACUAUUGUCAGUGUUGGAUAUAAUGUUGAAUUAUUGUGCUGGCUGUCAUCAAAAUGAUCGAAUUUUGAGAGAAUGUAUCAAAGCUUGGUCAAUCUUCGCCUGAGGUGAGGUGAUAUGACUUGAAGGUUUAGCACAGGCCCACAUCUUACAUAACGUCUUUUGGAUCCAGUUAAUACUGCCUAUCCAGUUUGUUACAAUGGCAAGUAGACAAGCUUUAUCAGUCCUCUCGCUGUACAAGAACAUUCUUCUUCUUCAUCGAUUGCUGCCGCUAGAGCUGAAGGCAGUGGGUGAUGAGUACGUCAAGGCAGAGUUCCGUAGACAUAAGAAAGUCAAACCUGAAGAGGGCAAGAAGUUCAUGGAGGAAUGGCAGAACUACGCAGCUGUUCUACAAGAUCAGCUCCAGCAAAGCCAAUCCACCUUACAAGAUGUUGGUGUCGAUCUUUCGGAGACAAAUCUUGAUGAACUGAGUCCGGAUCAGCUUGGACAGCUUCUUGAGCUGAGAAAAGAAACAUCUAAACCUUCUCCUUUUGUGCCACCAGUUGAAGGACCUUCAUGAUGAUACACACUGGUGUAAUUUCUCAUGUUGGUACAUAUGAGUUUGAAAGAGACAAUAGCAUCAUUGAAUAAGAUAACCUAACCCAGUGAUUGGACUUUAUCAUCUUUGCGAAAGUGAAGGACUCAGAAGGACUAGGCACUAAAGCAUUGGUAAUUACUCAAAAUAGUUAUUAGCACAAAACCUUUCCUGGUAAUGAGUAAUGGGGAAAGGUUGAUAUUA